AUGAGCCUCAUAGUCCUCUUCAUAGUCAUCCUUCUUUCACUUAUCAUCCGUGCUCUCUACCUGCUCUACAGACACCCCCUCUCCUCAGUUCCUGGCCCCAAACUCGCCGCCUGCACAUCCCUCUGGCUCGCCUACCACACUUACAUUGGUGACGAAUGUAGCACCCUCUUCGCGUUACAUCAGAGAUAUGGACCCGUGCUGCGUAUCGCUCCAAACGACGUUGAUAUUGCCUCUGGUGACGCGAUAGAACCCAUCUACCUAGCGCGCGGCGGGUUCCCCAAGACCCCAGUGUAUUCUAAGUUCGACAUUGACGGACACAGCACGAUCUUCUCGACAUUGACCUUACCAGAGCGAGCGAGUCGAGCCAAGGCCGUAGCGCCACUUUUCUCGACGGCGUCGAUCCGUAACUCGCAAGAGAGGUUGCUGGAAGUUGUAGAUGAUUUCGUGGACAGGUUGCGACAGGGGGCCCAGUCUGGCCGGCCGGUCAAUGUGCUGGGCCUGGCUAGGGCUAUGGCGAUUGAUGCUGUGAGCGCGUACCUCUUCCAAGAGCGGUAUGGGGCGCUUGACGAGAACGCGGAGGUUAUGUCUGCCUCACUGUUUGUGGAUGCGUAUGUGGGUGUUGGCGCGUUCUUCAACUUUGUCUGUGGCCGCGUUGGCGAGUUUCUAGUCGGUCUUGUUGAAUACCUGACUCAGCUAUCUGGGACAGCCAAGUCCUUUACGGCGAUCGAUGACUACACCAGCCGGUUGGUGAGACAGGCGGUCCCCAAAAGCGGCAGCUACCAAAUUCGUCUCCUGGAACGGGUCUCACUGCGCCAGACGCAGAUUGAGAUCAAAGAUGUCUGUUUUGCGGGGACGGACUCGACGGGCAUGGAUGUUGCAACAAUUAUCUGGUACUUGGCGAAAUAUCCUGAAAAAUACAUCAAACUCCGCACUGCCCUCGAAAACAACCCCCCAGAUGGUGACCCUCUUUCCACCCCGUACCUCCGCGCUGUCAUCCGAGAAGGACUUCGCCUCUCCUGGGCGAAUCCUACCCGCCUUCCGCGUUCCGUGCCUGCCGGCGGUUGGAAAUACAAAUCCUACUCCUUCCCGGAAGGGACAAGCGUUGGCAUCUCGGCAUGGCAAUUGCACCAGGAGGAAAGUAUCUUCCCCAAUCCCUUAUCUUUCGAUCCAGAACGGUGGCUAGAGCCGAAUGUGACAGACGACAUGCUGAACAAUUUCUUCGCGUUUGGCAAGGGAACGAGGGCAUGUAUUGCGCAGAAUCUAGGAACCGCGGAAGUGACGCUUGCUAUCUGGAAGGUUGUGGAGAAGGAUAUGCUUAGGGGCGCUAGGAUUUUGCAAUGGUUUAAUAGUAGGGUUAAAGGGGAAGAAAUUCUUGUGCAGUGGAUUGAUAGGUGA